GCAGUGAUAGCGGAGGCAUGGCAGUUGUGCCCUCACCAUCAAUGUACCAUAUAGCUGGCAGCCCGCUCCAACUAUCAGGAUUGGAGUUAACUGAUGCCAAUUGCACCCAAAAGGACCAACAAGCAGUGUCCCAGGGGCCCCGUGGAGUCAUCAGAUAAGAAAUGUAAACCUUGCUUGGAAACCAAAUCUCUGCUGCUAGUAACUGACACACCAACAAUAACACCCACAACUCAUCCUAGACGUCUGCAGCACAGAAGCUUCUGGUCAGGGUGUGAGGAACGCUCUGCAGGCAGGAUCACAAACUAAAAAAAAAACAAAAAAAAAAAAAACACAAUAAUGCUGAUGACAAGGCCGAUGCAGAGGAGACAAUGAGCCUCCUUGGAUGCACCAAGUCAGGAUUUAUGUUAUGUGUCGGCCUCUGCCUCAUCCUUUUGGCCAUUAACAAUUUUAACCAACCUGAGGUCAGGCUGACCGUUGAGGAGAUCAAGGAAUGUGGCUUCUAUCCCGGAGAACUCUGUAAAGCGUUAUUUGAGGAGAAGCCAAGCGCCCUGGUGGUGGGAAAGAUAUGUCAAGAAGCCCUGCCCCCACCCAGAGAAGAUGGAGCAAUCAACUUACAGUUCAACUGCACCACCCUGAUAAACGACCUGCACUUUAUAACAAAGCCGCUGUCGUCGGAGGAGGCGGACUACCCCUUGGCGUACAUCCUGAUCAUACACAAACAGUUGCACAUGUUCAUAAAGUUGCUUUCCGCUAUUUACACCCCGCAGAACGUCUACUGCAUCCACAUCGACCAGAAGUCUCCCAAAACGUACAGUCAGGCGGUGUGGAGGCUCGCCAGCUGCUUCCAGAACGUGUUUAUAGCAUCCCAGCAAGAGACAGUGGUCUACGCGGGGUUCUCUCGACUACGCGCUGAUAUCAACUGCAUGGAGGACCUCGUCCGCUCCCACGUUCUGUGGAGACACGUCAUAAACUUGUGCGGCCAAGACUUCCCCAUGAAAACCAACAGGGAGAUUGUACAGUAUCUCAAGAGCAAAUGGAAAGGACGGAACCUGACACCGGGCGUGAUCCAGCCGCCGCAUAUGAGGUACCGGACUCAAAUCACUUACAAGGAGUUUGUCCAUAUGGGGAGGUCCUACGUCUAUCCUAUCCCAAGAGGAAAGGCUGCCCCCCCUCACAACAUCACGCUUUACUUCGGAACCGCCUACUAUGCCCUGACAAGGGAGUUUGUAGAAUUUUUAUUGACUGACCAAAGGGCUAAAGAUCUUCUAGAGUGGUCGAAGGAAUCCUACAGUCCGGAUGAGCAUUACUGGGUGACCCUCAACAGGAUGAAAGAUUUCCCAGGAUCAACACCGGAUGCUGGCUGGGAGGGGAACAUCCGAGCUGUAAAAUGGAGGGACCAGGAGGGCACCUCACACUCUGGCUGCAGUGGGCAUUAUGUCCGGGACAUCUGCAUCUAUGGGCUCGGAGAUCUGCGCUGGUUGAUCAAUUCUCCGCAUUUAUUUGCAAACAAAUUUGACCCCAAUCUCUACGGCCUGGUCACCGACUGCCUGGAGAGACAUCACAGACACAGGGUCCUGGAGGGGGCGGAGGUCCCGGUGGAGAAGAGCUGGUAUUUACAAGACGAGUAUUCAGCAGAGAUCAUUCCGUGAAGUCGAGCAGAGCGCCCUCAGGAGGUGAAAUGCAAUAUGUCAUUUGAAUACAUGCAGAGUAGCAUGCAAAUCUACUGGACUCAUCUGCUGCAGUAAAGCCAUUUGCAUGGGAGACUGAAGGACAUAACCCGAGAAUCCCAGAAUGGAGCGUUCCUCGCGAUUUCAAUUACUUUAUUAACCCACAAUGGGUGAACAAAAUAAAUAAAAAAACAGCAAUAUGGUCGAGUCAAUUAAUGGGGUCUAUGUGUCUGGCAAAAACCUAUGACACCAAAAUGCUAAUUGCAAGCUCCUGUGGUGUUUGAUCCUUAAAGGGGCAGUAACCCCAUACUUGUUUCUCAUUUUCAGCCAUUUUUAAUACGAGCAAAAGCUCACUACACAGUAUAGUCAAUUAUUGUUCUCUGUUGUCAGCCAUUUCUGGCUGGUGAGAGUCUGACUAACGUGUGGGAGGAGUGACAGGAACGUGACCACGGGGGCUGAGAAUCUCCGGAGACAUUUACAUCCGUAGGAGCAUUAUUAGAUGCUGGCCCUUUAAACGAUUUUCAUGUUUCUCAUUGUGAGCCUGGAUACGGGACUACAUCAAAUUCGGAAUCAACCAGAAUGACUGCAAACGACUGUAUAUAAUUAACAGAUUUUGGAGAUGGUGGAUAGGUCACCCCAGGAGCUAAACAGAGAUGGAGCAGGGCUGGGUUUGUCAUUAAAAA